UGCUUUUGAGGUAAUGGCCAUCUCACAGUCAAACUUGCACAAGAAGUUGAUGGACGGAGGAAAUCACUCAGUGGUAUCUGAGUUUUUGUUUCUGGGACUCACCAGUUCCUGGGAAAUUCAGAUUCUCCUUUUCCUGUUUUUCACAGUAUUUUAUGUGGCCAGUAUGCUGGGGAACCUUCUCAUUGUGCUCACGAUCAUCUCAGACCAUCAUUUACAUUCCCCCAUGUACUUCCUGCUGGCAAAUCUCUCCUUCAUUGAUACAGGGGUGUCCAGCAUUGCUACCCCAAAGAUGAUUUACGACCUCUUCAGAAAGCAUAAAGUCACCUCCUUGAGUGGGUGCAUCACUCAGAUGUUCUUCAUUCACACUGUUGGAGGUGCAGAGAUGGUGCUGCUCAUAGUCAUGGCCUAUGACAGGUACAUUGCUAUCUGUAAGCCCCUCCACUACCUGACCAUCAUGAGCUCGAGAACGUGUGUUUCAUUUUUGACUCUUGCUUGGACCAUUGGCCUCAUCCACUCUGCGGCCCAACUGGCUUUUGUUGUAAAUUUACCCUUCUGUGGAGCCAACAAAAUGGACAGCUUUUAUUGUGAUUUUCCUCGGUUCAUCAGACUUGCAUGUACAGACACAUACAGGCUGGAGUUCCUGGUCACUGCCAACAGUGGUUUCAUCUCCAUGGGCACCUUCUUCAUCUUGAUGGUGUCGUACAUCUUCAUCCUGGUCACGGUUCGUAAGCACUCCUCCAGGGCUUCAUCCAGGGCCCUGUCCACUCUCUCAGCUCACAUCACUGUGGUGGUUUUCUUCUUUGGUCCUUGCAUUAUUGUCUACGUGUGGCCAUUCCCUACUUUACCCAUAGAUAAAUUUUUAGCAAUCUUUGAUGCCAUUAUCACUCCUUUUAUGAAUCCUGUCAUCUAUACACUCAGAAAUAAGGAAAUGAAGGUGGCAAUGAGAAGACUCUUUGUUAAGGCUUUGAGUUUCAAGAAGAAUUCUUUCCUGCACAGUUCAAAAGAUUCAGAUUAAUAUAGAGCAUUCUUGGGA